UUGCUCUAAUAAAAGAUAUCAGAUUUACCCAACGAACCUUGUCUGCCAAAUAAGCUGGGCACCUCUGAUACCCAAGCCUGAGACCCCACCUCACCUAUAAUUAGGAUAUGUAUACCAUGCUCAGCUGCGUGGUCCCUGUACUUCACACACACCGACCCAUAAGUAAAGUGUGGCGGGGAGGGCACUUCUGACACUGCAGCAAUCCAGGACUCCCCUUACGUGGGCUUCUGCCUGGCACAGGCCAGGGGUUGGAGUCCUGGGCCAGUCCAAUCCCUUUCCCAUGCCAUGAGGUGCCUAAGGGAGUGCUGCAUGAUGGUAAAAGGCAAGGAAAUUGCACCAAGCACUAUUCAGACUUGGUGACAUUAUCCUUCUUCUACCAACUGGGGAAACUGAGGCAAUGAGAUUUGCCCACAUUCACACAGUGACCCAAUGGCGGAGCUGGAGGUAGGGAUCUGAAUGCCCUGGUACCCAAUCCCAUGCUUACACCAUCCCAGGCAAGCCUCCAGCCAGGUCAGCAUGAAAACACAAGCCAAUAAAUGAGGCAGUUGCGAGUGGCAAAGGCACUGCCCCUUUAAGAGGGGAGCCCAUCCUGCCUCUGCCGAGGAAGAGUCAGCAGCACUUGCUUGUGACAGAUCAGUCCAGAGUGGUGCAGCAGCCGCAGAAGCAGUGGUUCAGGUGGCAGGAUGGACUCCCUUCCAGAGGCAGUGCUCAUCCGGAUCUUGGCCUUCAUCCCUGCUGUGGACCUGGUGCUGGUGUGCCGCCUGGUUUGCUGCCAAUGGAAGAACCUGGUGGAUGGAGCAGCUCUCUGGAUCUUGAAGUGCCAGCAAGAGGGCUUCGCUGAAGAGGAGCCCGCGGAGGAGGCAGAUAACUGGCAGAUGUUCUACUUCCUCAGCAAGAGGAAGAGGAACUUAAUCAAGAACCCGUGUGGGGAAGAGGAUCUGGAGCACUGGGGGGAUGUGGCGAACGGAGGUGAUGGCUGGAAGGUGGAGGAGCUCCCUGGGGACUUUGGGGAAAGCUUUCCCAGCGAUGGAGUCCACAAGUACUUCGUCACAUCUUAUGAGUGGUGCCGCAAGUCUCAGGUCAUUGACCUCCGGGCUGAGGGGUACUGGGAGGAGCUGAUGGACACCACCCAACCUAAAAUUGUGGUGAAGGACUGGUAUGCAGGUCGCCGCGAUGCUGGCUGCCUUUAUGAGUUCUCUGCAAAGCUGCUGUCAGAGCAUGAGGAUGUCCUGGCAGAGUACAAGAGCGAGACCGUUGCUAUUCCAGAGGACAACGAUGGCAGCUGGAAUGAGGCCUCUCACACUUUCUCUGACUACGGCCCAGGGGUCCGCUUCAUUUGCUUUGAACACGGUGGUCAGGACACUCUUUUCUGGAAAGGCUGGUAUGGGGUCCGCGUGACUAACAGCAGCGUGAUGGUGGAGCCAUAGCCUGGCCACAGGCCCUUGGAUCAGGCUAGGUCCUGCUCACCGGAACUGACUUUCAAGCCGUGCGUGGCCUUCAUAUGGGUUCUGCAUGGUGCCGCUUCCAGAGUCAAGGCUGGCAGUCUGGGCCACGAGCAUAUAACCUGGUGUGUGUGUGUGUGUGUGUGUGUGUGUGAGUGUGUGAGAGAGAGAGAGAGAGAGAGAGAAAGUCCUGUAAGCUACUGCCUGCUCAGGCUUUGGGACACGUGUUGCCUCCAACACUAACCCCUCCUCCGCCCUCAGCAGAUGCUCCCACCUCCAAGUCCAACUCAGUUACCUUUGAGGGGGAUACGGCCCUCAUUUUUUUGGAAGCUUUAAAGAGCGAGAGAAAGGCCUGUAAGAUCCGGACCCAGGAAACUGUCAGUUCUUGUCCCUGCUUUGCCACUGACUCCCUCUGUGACCUGGGUCAUGUCUUUUAAUCUCUCCCCUCCCAUUUAUUAAAUAGGGAUACAAGUUACCUGCUUUCCUUCAGCCUGGCGAGGGAAGUCUGCCUAAUGUGUGGCUUAGAGGGUGGACAGCCGCGCUCUAGAUAAAAGCCUCCAGACAGCACCGUUGGCUCUGUGCUGCAGAAACAAGGGACCCCUCGAAGCCACCUCUGCCCCAAGGCUCCUCAGACUCCCCGGACCCUAGACACUCUGCUAUAAGCUCUCCUUGCUCCAAGGCUCUUCCCCUGCACCUGGAAAUGGCACAUCCCGCUCCACACCAAAUGCUUUCCUGCCAGACCACGCUUAGGUGCAUCUCCCCACCCAAUACCUCGCCGAAUCGCUGAGGCCUCCAGGCCACAGCACAGGCCUUAGUUGAGCACAGCUUCUGCUGAGACAGUCUUCUGGAAGAGGGCUCCCUCCCCUGAGUAGGCUGGCUGAGUGUUGAGGGAGCAGGGGUGUGUGUGUGUGUGUGAGGGAGAGUGGGAGCAGUUGUGUGCACGUGCGUGUGAGUGCAUAUGUGUGUGUCUGUGUGUGCAUGUGCACAUACAUGUACACGUCCUCUUUGCUGGGCCUGCCAGGGCAGUGUACGCAGUUUAACCCCUUAGCACCAGGGCACACCAUUAUCCAAUACAACACGCUCACUUUUUCCUUUGCAAAAAGCGAGAAUUUCUGAGCCACCCCAGCCCUGCGCCUCGCCAGGCUCUCUACGACUGGCUAUGCCCAGAAAUGUGGGCCCAUAUGCAUCCUCAGCCACUGAGAACCCCCCCGUGGGUGAAGGCAAUAAACAAGGCUCUUGUGAACA